UGCUACUCUUUGUCUUGGAUGAGAUAGCUCUACAUGAUUUGUAUUGUAUAUCUUUUCCGUUUCAAUUCUAAUACAUUAUAGCAUCAGCCAUUACUACUUACUUCUAUUAGAGAUAUUGUGUAUUAUUAUUAUUAUUAUUAUUAUUAUUAUUGUAAAUUUUAUUAUAGGUUUGUAAAGUAUAAUACAAAAAUGUCCAUAUAUUUUUGCAGCAUUUUUCUUUCAGUAUAAGGUAAGCGAUAGCGAAUGAUUUUGUGAGCCGCUUUCGGCCAACCCAAUUAGGAAAUUUCCGCUAAAACUGUCCAAGAUAUAAAAUGGAGAUAAAUAUUCUUAAAUUUAAGAUUAUAUCAAAUAUUAAUUUUGAAAGUAUAGUUCAUACAUAUAGUAUAGUGAAGACAAUACCAAAUGACUAAGAUCCUUUGUAUUGGAUUAGGUGGUGUUGGCGCCAUGGCCGCAUAUACUUUGAAGAGAAAUAAUGGAUCAGAAGUUGAGAUUACAGCCGUAAUUAGAUCAGAUUAUGAUAAAGUAGUUAAGGAAGGGUACACCAUUAGUAGUGCUGAUUACGGUGGACGUAAAGAAGGUGAAGAUUCAAUCAAAGGAUUUAGACCAGAUCAUAUAUUUAAGAGUGUUGAUGAUGUAACUUCUGGUCCAUUCGAUUAUAUAGUAAUAUCUACUAAAGUUGUUCCUUCACCAGUCAAUGUUUGGGAUCAAAUUGAAGCAAAUAGAACUAAAUUAAUUAAAUCUAAUUUUGAAACCAGUAUUGUAUUAGUUCAAAAUGGAAUUGAUAUUGAAUCCAAUUGGUCUCAUGUUAAAGGUGUUAAUUUAAUUAGUGGUGUAUCAUAUAUUAGUUCAACUAAUAAUAAAGGUCAUAUAACUCAAUAUUCUCAUGAUACAUUAGUACUUGGAUUAUUUGAUAUUAAUAAAAUUCAUGAUAAACAGGCUAUAAAAUCUCUUGAAAAGCUCAUUGAUUUAUAUUCUAAUGAUAUCAAUUCUACUAAAUUAGAUCAUAAUGCUAGAUUUACUAGAUGGAAGAAGUUAAUUUAUAAUGCAGCAUACAAUACAGUAUGCUGUUUAACCGAUUUGGAUGUUGGUAAGGUUUAUGAAUUAAAGGAGUCCAAACAAAUUAUUGAAAAAGUAUUCCAACCAUUAAUGAAGGAAGUUCAAUAUGUUGCUAAUCUUGAUUUAAAGCAAUUUGAUUAUGGAGAAUAUCAACAGUAUAUAGUAGAUGAUCACAUUACUAAUAUGAUUAAAGAUACUGAGAAAUUCGAUGCUCCAGAGAAUUAUCAACCUUCAAUGUUAGUUGAUUCAAGAAAUGGUAGAUUAAUUGAACUUGAAAUUAUUUUAGGAAAUAUUAUUAGAAUUUAUAACCAGAUUAAAGGUUCAGAAGAAGAGAUUAAGAAAGAUAUUCCAUAUUUAAAUUUCUUAUACUAUUUAUUGUUGAUGGUUCAACAUAGAUUAGAAUCCAAAUAAAUAUAUUUAUUAGAAUAAAAAAAAAAUUAAAACCUGGUAUCCCAUUUAUACCUUUUUAUAUAAUUAUGUAAAAUAUAUGGCAUAUAAAAAACAAGCAAUAUAUAUAUGGUACACUACAAACAGACGCCCAUGCCUAUAUUAGAUAGAACUGAAAUUGAAUAAAUAAAUGCUAAUGAAAACAUGCAAGAAACCCGAUGGGAGAA